AUGGCUGUCCCGGGCACUCAGAUCUCCAAGCGCAGAAAGUUCGUCGCCGACGGUGUCUUCUACGCCGAGCUGAACGAGUUCUUCCAGCGCGAGCUCGCUGAGGAGGGCUACUCCGGCGUCGAGGUCCGCGUCACCCCCACCGUCACCGACAUCAUCAUCCGCGCCACCCACACCCAGGAGGUCCUCGGUGAGCAGGGUCGCCGCAUCCGCGAGCUCACCUCGCUCAUCCAGAAGCGCUUCAAGUUCCCCGAGAACAGCGUCUCCCUCUACGCCGCCAAGGUCCAGAACCGUGGUCUGUCCGCCGUCGCUCAGUGCGAGUCCCUCCGCUACAAGCUCCUCAACGGUCUGGCCGUCCGCCGUGCCUGCUAUGGUGUCCUCCGCUUCAUCAUGGAGUCCGGCGCCAAGGGUUGCGAGGUCGUCGUCUCCGGAAAGCUCCGUGCCGCCCGUGCCAAGUCCAUGAAGUUCACCGACGGCUUCAUGAUCCACUCCGGUCAGCCCGCCAAGGACUUCAUCGACCACGCCACCCGCCACGUCCUGCUCCGCCAGGGUGUCUUGGGUAUCAAGGUCAAGAUCAUGCGCGGCUCCGACCCCGAGGGCAAGGCCGGCCCCCAGAAGUCUCUCCCUGACGCCGUCACCAUCAUCGAGCCCAAGGAGGAGCAGAGCGUCAUCCAGCCCAUGAGCCAGGACUACGGUGCCAAGGCCGCUCAGGUCCAGGCCGCGGCCGAGGCCCAGCGUGCCGCUGAGCAGGAGGGUGCUGAGGAGGCCGCCCCUGCUGAGGAGCAAUAG